CCUGUAGGGGGAGGUGGCCAGGUUUCUAUAUGCUGGGGGAGGGGCUGUGAGGGGUGGAGGGACCCUUGAGUCUUGAUGGGCACUUUAUCAGCAAGUACCAGAGAAGAACAGGCCUUGGGUGAGCCCUGUUAUCAGUCCCAGAGUCCACAGGACACUUGGAUUAAUGUGUAACCUUAAAAGACUUCCCCUGUGCCCUCUGAAGCCACUGGUUCCUAAAUAGACACCACUCGGCAUGGAUACUAGAAAAGAGGGGCCGCUUCUGAAGACGCUCUUCUCAGACCAACACCCACAGGUCCGCAGGUGGCUGGUCCCCUUCAUCCUUGCCUGCUUCCUCUACUUCCUCCUCUGGAUUCCUGAGGACCAGCCAUCCUGGUUCGGUGCCCUGGUGAAGUGCCUGCCCAUCCUGUGCCUGGUUGUGUUCCUGGCUGUAGCCCCUGGUGGACGCUACUCCUGGCUCCUCCAGGGAGGUCUUGUGUGUUCUGCUGUGGGAGAUGCCUGCCUCAUCUGGCCUGGAGGUUUCCUUUAUGGCAUGGCCGCCUUCUUUGCCGCCCACUUACUCUACAUUUGGGCUUUUGGCCUGUCCCCACUGCAGCCCGGACCGCUGCUGUACAUCAUCCCGGUCUCUCUGGUAUACUACAGCUUCCUCCUGUCACACCUUGAGCCGGGCAUGGUCCUUCCCGUGUUGGCCUACGGGCUGACCCUGCUCUCCAUGCUGUGGCGCAGCCUUGUCCGGGGUGGGAGUGCUGGCUGGGGCGGUGUGCUCUUCACCAUCUCAGACGGUGUGCUGGCCUGGAAUGCUUUCAUCCGCCCCUUGCCUUUUGCCCGCCUAAUGACCAUGAGCACCUACUACGCAGCCCAGCUCCUCCUCGCCCUGUCGGCCCUCAGGAACCCAGGGCUCAAAACCCACUAAUGCAGGACUCAGGCAGCCCAGGGUCCCAGCCUGGCAAGCGGAUGCUUCCAGUCAAGCCUGCAGAUACUUGGCAAUCUUGAAACAUGGGUGUACUGUUGGCAGAAUUUCAGAGCUACUGCUGAGAUGAAGCUGCCUUUCCCGGCUUGUGAUUGUGGACCCCAGGCCCCCAACCCCUCAUACAUCCUAUCCUGGCUUCCCCUCCCAUGCCUGUUUUCUCUACCCAGCCAGCCUUCCCUUUCCACCUGCCCCUUCAUACUGCUCCA